AUGCGAACAUCUCCGAAUGUGAUCAUCACAGGAACCCCCGGUGUUGGGAAAACUGUCCACUGCGAACAACUAGCGCAAGAUACCGGUCUGCGACAUCUGUCAAUCAAUCAGGUUGCAAAAGAUCGUGAUUGCUUCGAGACUUAUGACGAGGAGUUAGAAACCUGGAUUGUGGAUGAGGAUAAGCUGCUGGAUGCUGUUGAAGACGAAAUGCUCCAAGGGGGGCUCUUGAUUGACUGGCAUGCAUGCGACCUAUUCCCUAAAUCUUGGAUUGACCUCAUUGUGGUUUUGCGAUGCCCAUCUACAUCUCUGCUAUAUGAUCGUCUUUCAUCAAGGGGAUAUAAGCAAGCAAAGCUACAAGAAAAUUUAGACGCGGAGAUUUUCGGUGCCUAUCGGAAGAAGCCCGUGAAGCCUUCGACGAAGAAGUUGUGGUCGAGCUAA